CAAGUUUCAAGUCAAUUUUUCAUCUUCUUGUCAUUCUUUAGUUGUUUUCUUUUCAUCUAGAACAUUUACAUUUGUUGAUAGAAAGAAAACAACGCGGGAGGCUGGGUUGUUUUCUUUUCUCUAUCGAAGCGAGUCAGAAAAAAAUGAAAAGAAAAGUGAAUAAAAGAAAAUUUAUAUCUUGGGAUUCUUGGUAUCUAACAUUUCAUCGUCAAUGUUCUAAAAAGGUAUAACGAAAGGGAUGAUGCCGAAUUUCUAUGACAGUUCGCGCCCCACCAUGGUUCCCACCAAUUCGGCAAUUAUGGGAGCCUCUACAAAUGGUGGGGAGCAAAUUCCAAAAAAGCAUCAAAUUCAAAUUCCUUUCGACUUGGAGGCAACGUUGCAAGCUGUUAAUAAUGAAGUAUUGGAAGGAGAAGAGGGCAGUUGUCCCAUUUGCAAUAAAACUUUUAGCCGUAAGACAUCUCUUCUAAAUCACAUACGCAAUCACACCGCCGAAAAGAAAUACAUUUGUGAAUACUGUCAAAAAGGUUUCUCACAGCAAGCCAACCUGCGCAACCAUGUUCGUAUUCACACAAAUGAACGCCCUUAUGUUUGCAUAGACUGCGGCAAAGCAUUUACACAAAUCACAAACUUGAAUAACCAUAGGCGAUUGCACACCGGCGAACGGCCUUAUGUUUGCAUCGAAGCAAACUGCGGACGCUCGUUUGCUCAAGUGACAAACUUGAACAACCACAUGAAAACGCACCACAAAACCCAACAGUACGUAUGCAAUCAGUGUCCGAGGCGAUUCUACCAAGCCACUCAGUUGAACCUCCAUCUAAUCUCGGAGCACAGCACUGCGAAAACCUUUUUCUGUCCCCAGUGUCCCGAUAAGCGUUUCAAGUCUCAGUCCCUCUUUCAGCACCACUUGAAAGUGCACGGCUCGAACUUUGGCUUUCCGUGUCCGAAGUGCGACGAAAGGUUUAUUCAAGAACCUCAUCUCAUAUUGCACAUGACGCACCAACACGGUGAUUACGCGUGCAGUAUGUGCUCGAUGACAUUCAACGAUGAAGUUUUGCUGAAAAAACAUGUCCAAAGGCACCUGGAUGGAAGGUAUCUCACAUGCCCGGUGCUCGGUUGCAAUGAGGGUUUCACCAUGAAAAAUCAUCUCACCAAACACAUGCAGAUGCGUCAUCCGGCGAUUGAUCUCAAAAAGGGGCCUAUCACUGCGGGAGCAGUGGCAAGAUCCCCGAAACACUGCUGCCAUUAUUUUAACUGUAACGAAUCGUUCGACAGCUCGGAUGAGUUGAGCGAUCACCUGAGGACGGCACACGGUUUGCCGAUUCCAACGCAAGACGAUAAGAAGCAACUGCAGCAGCAGAUUGUGCAUAAUGCUGCAGCUUCCGCUGCUGGAGCAAGUGCUGAAGGGCAGAUAUCUUCUCCGUUGCAUCCGCCGCCUCAUUUAUUGGGAGCAAGUUUCCAAUCCUAUCAACAGCAAAUAAUCGAAGCGCAACAGCAUGCGGUGGCUGCCGAAAAGCAGAAAACAUACACGGUUUCCGAUCUUCUCAGCAUAAGUGAAGAGAUGCAGCAGCAACAACAGCAUCAGCAUCACCAACAACGUGGUCACCACAAUGGGAAACCGAUCGAUGUCGAGCAGCACAUUGAAGACCGCGUGAACAAUCUGAAUCGCAUCAAGACGGAACUGCAAGCCAACAUUCAGAUACAGAAUCUCUUUGGGCUGGCGAACCCGAUGGGCAUCAAUUCGUCGGCUUUUCAUAAUCAUCACCAUCUUCAACAGCAACUAAGCCAGCAACAGCACCAUCAGCAUCAACCGGCCCCGAUAAAGCUGGUGUGCAGUUUUUGCUACAAUGUCUACAAGACGCCGCAGACGUUAUCGAGGCACAUUGAAAAGUUUCACAGCUAAUUUGUGCGACACGAGUUGUACGCGGAGGCUUGUGACGUUUUUUGUUCGGCGGGGAUCACAACAUUUUUGGGGCGACGUAUUCUUGUUGCAAUACAAAGGUCGGAGAUGUAUCCUCGUGUAUGGUGAAUGCGACAUACAAGACCAUCGCAAUAUUUGAGCUGAUUAUAAAUUUCAUUUGAAUCUGUGAUGUUAUUCUUUUUUAUUAUCGUUUUUUUUUGAAUAUUAAUGAAAAAGGAAUUGCAUAUGUUUGUUUUUGUUGAUUCAAGGUAUAGAUAUGCAAUUAUUUAGAAUUUAGUUAAAUGGUAUUGAGUGGUUUUAGACAUUUGUAGAAACAUUGGAGAGUAAGAGGCAUAUCAACAUGACUCGACUGGAGCUCGAGUUUUUCGAUUGUUUUCACAGGUUCAUGCUUACUCAGUUCUGUUCCAUAUGUUUGACAAAUAGUAUGAUAUAUUUAGAACUUCUGUACUAGGUCAAUGUUACAUUACCUUUUGGAUUGUAAAGAGAUAGAGAUCUUCUCUCAACUUUCAAGAAUAACAAUUCCUGUACCUUUGACAGAGCUUGAGCCUUUGAGAUUCAAAUGCUAUGACUGUGAUUAAAAUUUCAGGCAUUAUUAAAAAAACGGGAUGCUUAUUAUAAGCGCAAGUUUUCUACUGAACUGCGAUAGAAAAUCUUAUACACAUUGUUUCCGUAUGGAUUCCGUACGGAUGAUCUGUGUCUUAUAAUGACAAAUGGUCGGGGUUCUGCUAAACCGCACAAAGUGCCAAAAACUUUAUUCCGAGAUAUUUGACUUUGAAGUCUUAUCGUGUACUAGUUGAUCGCGGACGAGAUAAAAUAUACAAAUCAUGAUAAAUUAUCGGUGUAAUUGGAUUUUAUUUGAACAUAUGAAGCACUCAGUUCACUCUGGCUGAACAAAAAUCGAAAAAUAUGGUUAUUGGUUCAGUAUGGUUGGAUGUGUUUCAUA